AAAAAAAUUUUUUUUUACUGUAGCCAAAAUGUGGACCGUAUUUCUAGCUUUUAUGGUUUUCCUCAACACUGUUGAUUUAAGCUCCUCUCGAAACGUUGGAAGCGGCAACAUGAAUAUGCAACCAAAACGUGGUCAACAAGCUCUCUCUCAACCAUUCUCUCAACCUCAAACUCAACCUGGUCAACAAUCUCUCUCUGCAUCAUUCCCUCUAGCUAAAACACCACCUGGUCAGCAACCUCUUUCUCCACCAUUCCCUCUCGCUCAAACUCGACUUGGUCUACAAUCUCCUUCUGCACCAUUCCCUCUAGCUCGAACUCAAUCUGGCCAACAAUCUCUUUCUGAACCAUCCGCUCUAGCUCAACCUCUACGUGAUCAACAAUCUUUCCCGGUUGAUACGUUUAAACCCACAGGUCUUGCUUAUCCGGAGACUUUUCAAAAACAUCGUCGAGAGGUUCCAGGAUAUGGUUUAGUUAGUUUCCGAGGUCUACAACCUUAUUUACCUUAUUAUAAGUAUAAAAAUUUUAACUUUCUGCGAGGUCUACCAUUUCGAAAUUAUGGAAAAUUAUAUUCCAUAUACAAGGGUUACUAAUAGAGUUUGCAAAAACAGCGUCGAGAGACUCAAAAGGCUGAGCAGGCUCAACUCAUUCGAGCUGGACCAUUUCGUCCUCAUUCUCCAACAUCCUACUCUCAUCAGCUCAUACGCUGUUAUCUUACCCAACCCUUUAUUAUGACCCCAAUAACUAUCAUUACCACCAACAACUAAUGUCUACCGAUCAUAGUCCGCAAUGCUAGAACCUCUGGAUCUUGGAUCAUAUUGUAGUGAUAUCUCAAAGUGAUUCAUCCUUGGUCUUAUUUCUGUUCAAACAAAAACUUGUAAUGAAGUAUUGUAUCAUAGAAAAUUCAUAUAAAUUAUCUUGAAAAUGUAAACACUUCUCACUGUUAAUUGAAACUUAGAUAAUUAAAUUUUAUUAUUCAUUCAGUAUCUUCUGUGGAUAGUAUUUUUAUCCUGUAUUUUUCCAGAACAGGCUACUGUUCAGGCUGUAUCAGCUUAUCCGCGUGAGCAUAAUUCGAAAGAUUAUCGAAUUUCAUUCGAUGAUGGAGCCCAGGCUUGAAAAUAUUAAUUUUUGAAAAUUGCGGUAUUCUCCUUGUGACUUUGCUGUUGUGGGCUUCGAAUCUUUUGGAUAGAAAUUUUGUUUACGUUUGUCCACUAGAACCAGCAGAAUUUUCGUCAAUCGUCAUGAUUUGGUCACAUCAAAAACACCCACGUGUUACCAAGAGCAUACACUGAAGGAAUUGAAGAAAUGGAUUGAUUAAUAAUUAUCAAU